UUUGGCUUUGCUUAAAAUUUAGCACGUCACUAGUUUUCUAUACAAAAAUUUUUCUAGCUAAAAAAAAAAAAGUUACCAAAUAAUUUAUUUAUUAGCAUAAUAUUCUAUUUUAAUUUCUAAAAAUUCUUUUUCUUCUCCGAAAAAAACCCAAGGAAAAAAAGGCAAAGAAAAUGCAUUAAAUAGAAAAUUGACUUUUAUUUCAAAGAAAGUAAACUAUAACAAAUAAAUAAAAUAAAUAAAUACUGUACACUCUAACUUUUGGUGUCGUCAUUUUUCGGAAAAAUAUAAAACAAAUGCAUCAAUAAAUUUUUUAGUAUGGAAAAGUUUCCACUAAAAGGCAAUCGAGCAGUCGCUGCUGAGGGAAAUAACUAUAUCACUGCAUAUCAAUCCGUUUUAAAAAAGUCAAACGGUCAUAACACAGAGGCAGACAUUCAACAGCAACAUCCAUUGGCUGCUACGACAACAACAUCACUAACUGCUGCUGCAGAUGAUGAUGAAAUGAUUGAUAUCACACCACGCACAAGUCCAAUUGAAGCUAAUUCAAAUACGAAUUUAAACAACGCCGCCAGCCGAAACACAGAAAUGGAUCGAUCUCAUGUGCCAACUCAUAGUGCUUUUGGAAGUAAUGAUUAUAACGAUCCAGAUGGAGCAAUAUCAUUUUAUGGUUCCCAAGAACCCCAUGAAGAUAUACCUGGCAUUGGACAAUAUGAUGAUUUUCACACAAUAGACUGGCAGCGAGAUAUUGCUAGAGAUCGCAUGCGACAUAGAUACAUAGUAAAGAAACGACAGGAUUCACUUUGGGAUUUAAUAAAAGGAGCUCAUGAUGCUUGGUCAGGUUGGUUGUGCGUUCUUCUUGUGGGUAUCGCUGCUGGUUUGGUUGCCGGUAUGGUUGAUAUUGGAGCAAGUUGGAUGUCUGACCUAAAGCACGGAAUAUGUCCUCCAGCAUUCUGGCUCAACAGAGAACAAUGCUGUUGGCCAUCUAAAGAAAGUGUUUUUGAGGAAGGAAAUUGCACAACGUGGAAAACAUGGCCUGAAAUAUUCGGUCGAUCACGAAGUGGAGCUGGAUCUUAUAUCGUCUCUUAUCUACUCUACAUAAUGUGGGCACUUUUAUUUGCUUCUCUAAGUGCAUCACUUGUCCGAAUGUUUGCUCCGUAUGCAUGCGGUUCAGGUAUUCCCGAAAUAAAAACCAUCCUCUCUGGAUUCAUUAUUCGUGGCUAUCUGGGGAAAUGGACAUUGCUUAUCAAAUCGGUCGGUCUAAUGUUAUCCGUAUCGGCUGGGCUAACUUUGGGCAAAGAAGGUCCAAUGGUUCAUAUCGCUAGUUGUAUAGGAAAUAUAUUCUCUCAUCUUUUUCCCAAAUAUGGACGCAAUGAGGCAAAAAAGCGUGAAAUUCUAUCUGCAGCUUCAGCAGCUGGUGUUUCGGUGGCUUUCGUGGCACCAAUCGGUGGAGUACUUUUCAGUUUGGAAGAAGUUUCAUAUUAUUUCCCAUUGAAAACACUUUGGCGAUCAUUCUUUUGUGCUUUGAUAGCAGCUUUUGUUUUGCGAUCAAUUACACCAUUUGGCAAUGAGCAUUCAGUGUUGUUUUUCGUCGAAUACAAUAAACCAUGGAUAUUCUUUGAAUUGAUACCAUUUGUAUUGCUUGGUGUUUUAGGGGGAAUAACUGGAACAGUAUUUAUCAAAGCCAAUCUGUGGUGGUGCAGAUAUAGGAAAUUCAGUAAAUUAGGUCAAUAUCCAGUUGUGGAAGUUUUGGUAGUGACUUUAGUCACAGGGAUUAUAUGCUAUCCCAAUCCAUAUACCAGAAUGAAUAUGAAUGAGUUGAUUUAUUUACUAUUUAGUCAAUGUGGAGCUAAUGAUAGUACUCCUUUAUGUGACUACACCCGCCACAACGUAACAGGUGGUUUGGCGGCAGCAAUAGAAGUCGCAGAACCUGGUCCUGGUGUAUACAAAGCCAUUUGGUUACUUAUUUUGGCUUUUUUCCUUAAACUAGCUUUGACGGUGUUCACUUUUGGCAUGAAGGUUCCUUGUGGUUUAUUUAUUCCUUCUUUAUUGCUUGGAGCAAUUAUGGGACGAAUUGUUGGAAUAGGUGUCGAGCAAUUGGCUUACAAUUACCCAACACUUUGGUUCUUUAUGGGUGAAUGUGCCACGGGGAAUAAUCUAAUAACACCCGGAUUGUACGCAAUGGUAGGAGCUGCAGCCGUACUAGGCGGUGUAACCCGAAUGACAGUUUCCCUUGUAGUCAUUAUGUUUGAGUUGACUGGAGGAGUGGGUUAUAUUGUACCAUUAAUGGCAGCUGCUAUGGCAUCGAAAUGGGUUGGCGAUGCUCUUGGAAGACAGGGUAUUUAUGAUGCUCAUAUUGCAUUGAAUGGUUAUCCUUUCUUGGAUAGUAAAGAUGAGUUUGCCCAUACAACUUUAGCAGCUGAUGUUAUGCAACCAAAGAGAAAUGAAACGUUAUCGGUUAUAACACAAGACUCAAUGACGGUCGAUGAUAUUGAAUCUCUCCUCAAAGAAACCGAACAUAAUGGAUAUCCAGUUGUGGUGUCAAAGGAGAAUCAAUAUUUAGUUGGUUUUGUUUUGCGGAGGGAUUUAAAUUUGGCAAUCGGAAAUGCUAAAAGACUUAUUGAAGGCAUCAAUAGCGCUUCAGUGGUAUUAUUUACAUCAGCAACGCCAGUACAAAAUCUAGGCCCACCACCAUUGAAAUUAAAGAAAAUUCUUGAUAUGGCACCAAUUACAGUGACCGAUCAAACUCCAAUGGAAACUGUUGUGGAUAUGUUCCGAAAGUUAGGCCUUAGGCAAACACUUGUUACGCAUAAUGGUCGAUUACUUGGCGUUAUCACCAAAAAAGAUGUCCUUCGACAUGUUAAGCAAAUGGAUAAUGAAGAUCCCAACACAGUCUUGUUCAAUUAAGGCCAUUACCAUCAUUUUAAUUUCCAUAAGCAGCAAAACAAUGGUAUUGGAAGAAGAAAAAAAAACUGUUAUAAUUUAUUUACUCAAAAGCAUGCAAAAAAAUAUUCAUUAUUUUUGAUUAGUUUAAAAAAAAUCAAAUAGCAAAUUAUGUUUAUAAACGAAUAUUAAGUAUAUUUAUAUAUAUUUUUUUAUUAUUUACUAUUAAUAUAAAAUUUAUAAUCUGCACUUGGAAAAAUGUAUAAUAGACAACAAAACUUAUUCUAUAAAACCUCAUAUAAAUAUAAUUAUCUGAGAGAGAUUUUCUAUGAUUCAAUUUGUUAAUUAUUUUUUUUUACAAGAGUUGUUGGGGCUAGUUAUAUAUUAUAAUCAAAACAAUUAAUUGCUUAAUUGACAUUUAUUUAAAUCAAUUUGUAUUAUUUGUACCUUACUGUUAUAAUUAUUGUCUUCGCUUUAAAAAGGAAAUAAGUAAAAAUGUCAUUAAAUUUUAAUUUACAAAAGAGAAUUCAAUUUGCCCACUUCUCUGACUGUGAUUUUAUUAUGUAAACGUUUGAAAAUUACAAUAAAACAAGUAAAUAAUUAGAAAUACCGGGUUUUUGGUUUCA